AUGGAGCUUCUUCACGUCAUUAUCAAAGCGGGUCCGUCGCCCCGUCCCUUGGCUUGGUCUUUAGAAGUCUCAACAACAGAGACUGGUGAUGAUUGGUCGUUGAUCCGAGCGUUUGGAGAUCGGGAUCACUGUCGGAAGCUGUGGGACCUUCGACCUGAACGAAGACGGAGAAAAGCUCGGGCUGCGAAAAGAACUGGUCGGGCCGAGAAGCCUUCUUGCUCGACACAGUUCACUAGUCCACGUCCUUUGGAAAACGGAGAGAUGCAUGUGGGUAUGGGUGAAGGUGUACCAGCUCGUCGUGUGCGGAUCUCGUUCCGCGCAGCUCACUCUCCUUCCAGACACCAGUAUUAUACAGUCAGAGAGCUCACCCUAGCGGCCAGGUGUCUGUGCCACGGACACGCUGACCAUUGCAUUGUGGACAAUAAGAGUGCAAAGUGUUCGUGUCUGCAUGGCACAUGUGGUGCCCACUGUCAACGUUGCUGUUCUGGAGCACCCUGGCACGAUGGUCAAUCCUGUGACAUAACACAGGAGAAGAACGAGUGUUCCUGUGGAGAAAGGGGGGCGUGCUCAUAUGAUGACACCGGCGCUAUAUUGUGCGUUAACUGUACAGAUAACAGAGCCGGACCACUGUGUAAUCGUUGUCUCUUCGGUUACUACAAUGUAUUCCCUGACGACCCUUGCCAACCUUGCGAUUGCGAUCCCGAAGGCUCAGAUGGUACCUGUAAGUGGAACAAGAAACUUCAUCAAGUUGUCUGCACCUGUAAUCCAGGUUUCACUGGCCUUCAGUGUGAAAAGUGUGAAAAUCCAAAUGCAGUAUUCCCAAAUUGUUUAAUAGAAGUGACUACAGCCACAUGUAAAUGUGAUCCUCGAGGUAUUGUUGACCCUGGCAGGGUGUGUGACGACAUUUGCGAGUGCAAGGUCAAUGUGAUCGGAGAAAAAUGUGAUACUUGUGCCCCGGGACACUUCGGCUUGAGUUCAUCUCUUCCGGGAGGCUGUCGGGCUUGCUACUGCUCGCACGUCGCCUCUCAUUGCGAAGCAGAUCCAAGACCCGGCCCGGAUAUCGCGUUUCCUCUGGGUAAUGAGUGGAUGAUCAGUGACAACAACAGUUCAGAGACGUUAGAGCCUUCCGUAGACGACAAAGGAAAACCUUACCUUAUAAGCUAUGAAGUGGAGGGUUGGGAGUCAUAUUACUUCGUCACUUCCUACCUUACUGGACAGCAACUGUCUUUGUACGGCGGAACGCUUCUGUCUCAGUUAGCUUGGGGUAUCGCUCGAGGAGACUCUGGGGGAAGCGCAAGUCGAGCUCCUGAUUUUAUACUCGUUGGGAACGAUGGAAGUAAGCUGACUUACGGCAACACGAGCUAUGAAAUGCCUGGUCUGAUAGAAUUAGUGGCUCCUCUUGAAGAAGGAGGAUGGUAUUUAAACUCGGAGGUAGCUUCAAGGUCGCAGCUCAUGGACGUAAUGAGCAACUUGAAGUCAGUCAUGAUUCGAGCACACUUUCAUUUUGAUCAGGAUGAGGUUCGUCUGGAGUGGGCUCAUAUCCGAGGUUCCGAGGGCGGUGUAAGAGAACUCUGUACGUGUGGUCCACAACACGCGGGGACACAGUGUGAGACAUGCGCGGCGGGACAUGUGCGGCUGCAGCGAGCUCCUGGGGCUUCCCCCGCCUUUGAAUGCGUGCCCUGUGACUGCAACAUGCACGCUGAUUGUGAAUCUGUAAAUGGUCCUUGUGGCCCCUGUCAACAUAAUACCACCGGGCCUCAUUGCGAGCGAUGUCUUCCAGGACAUUACGGCAACCCUGUCCAAGGUGCAUGUAAGCCAUGCGCGUGUCCUCUAUAUGAGCCGUCUAAUAACUUCAGUCCUAACUGCGCCUUGGCGGCUGCUGUUGGUGAUGAUUACGUGUGCACGCAAUGCCCGGAUGGUUACGCUGGAGAUCACUGCGAGAUAUGCGACUCGGGCUAUUGGGGUUCACCAGCUACAGUGGGAGGCUCGUGUCAGCCCUGUGACUGCGGUGGAGGUCCGUGUCACCCGCAGACGGGCGCCUGCCUCGUGUGUCCGCCACAUACAGAGGGAGAGCGCUGUGAUCAGUGUCAGGAAGGAUACUGGUCCGGUGGAGACAAUGGCUCGUGUAUUGCAUGUGGUUGUGGUUCGGGAGCGCUGUCACCGGCGUGUGACCCUCGCGCUGGGCACUGCGCCUGCGCACCUGGCUGGACGGGACGAGCCUGUGAUGUCUGCGCCCCAGGACACGGCAACGUGUCGGCGGGGUGCCCCAUGUGUGCAUGCGGCGCGGGCUCGUCGAGUGUAGUGUGCGGGACGGAGCACGGGGACUGUCCCUGUAUGUCCGGAGCUGCCCCACCUCGAUGCGACACAUGUCUUGAACAACACUACAACCUGUCCACUACUGGCUGUUUGACUCAUUUAGAAAGACAUAAGAAAAGUUUGAAGUAA